GUAGGGCCACUCAGUGGCGUCCUGAGGCAGGUGCGGUCUGCACCGAGGGUGACAUCGACCACACAGGGUGACACCGGACCCGCUCCACAAAAAGGUAAGUUGUAAAGAAAGCCGACGAUCCCCGCAGGAUGCAUCGGAUAUGCGGAUUGAGCAUAAUGGAUCAGAGUCCGGACCAUUAUGCUCAAUCUGCAGAUUCGAUCCAUUCUGCGGGGAUCGUCGGGAGGGGGUGUCACCAAGUGUUACCGCACCAGGUAACAUCUACUCUU